GAAGGUUGAAUUCUUCUCCCUCAGAGUUCGGUGAAGUUCAGAGACAGUAGUCGAGGGUUGAAAAUUUUUCGCAUGUGCAGUAUAACAAUUUUAGUUAAAUCGUGUUGAAGAAAAACAAAAAAAAUAACAAAGAUCCAACAUAACUGCGUUAUUAAUAUUAAUAUUUAUUUAAGUUUGACUCUUGGUGAUAUUUAUAAAUAAAAAACCUGUGAGAUUGUAUGUGUACUUGUGAAAAUGUGGUUUAAAUUUAACCACUACAAUAUAUCUGAUAAUUUGAAGCUUGAAAAUAUUAUAAAUUUAUAUUUACAAGUAUCGGUCACUAUAGAACCACUUGUGAAAAAUGGCUGACCUGUGAAUUUUUUCUGUCAUAUUUCGAUUUAUUAAAUAUAAGUAUUGAAAAAAAAAUAAAGUAUUAUAUUUUUUUUUAAAUAACAAGAUAAACUGACAGGUUAUCAUGCCUCGAGUUAAAGGAUCACCUAAAAAAUGCGUAAAAACUUCAUCAAAUUCUAAUCCUGCUACCAAUGCGUGGGUUUUUCUCAUGAAAGGCGAAGGAUUAGAAGGCAAUGAUGGAAAUAUACCGGAUGUUGUCAAAUUACGGCACCCUGCGUCAAGUCAACCCGCGAUGUUUUUAUUUAGUCCUGGUGAUUUGACAGUACAGGAAGUACUGACGAUUGACGAAAAUAAAAGAUCUUGGUUUGUUGAUGAUAAUGUUAAAUCGGAUGGUAAAAUGCAUCUGUCGACUCCAAUUGAUCCAAUAUUUCUUGUGUUACCGUACUUGAGAAAAUCACAGUAUGCUGUACCACUUGAUCAGCUUCUCAGAGACGAGGAUUAUCCGGAAACAGAAAGACUAGCGCGCUGUCAAAAUUUGAAAUUGUCUCUGGUGGCUGAUCGUCGUGGUGAUGAAUCUCUGCAAGCUUACAAGUAUAAUGAAGAAAAAACUUUAAUUUGGUUGCAAAAAAAAGUCGAAAGAGUCGCUGAGAUACUCAGACAAAAGGGUAUUUAUGUUUCUCCGGGUGCUGUCAGUGCAAAUUAUGUUAAAAGUAGUAAAUAUGAACCUGCUAGUGAUACUGAAUACUUAAGAUACGCUCAUGGUAUUGUUUCGGAGUAUUUGACUGAAGAUUUGUCAAAAAAAUUAGCCCAGUUUCUUAAUUUACCAGAAGAAAUAGAGAAUAAUCCCAAGCGAAAAUUAUCAAGCCCUAAAGAUGUUUCAGAUAAUAAACGACCGAAAAGUGAACCUGCUGAAACGGAAAAUCCACCGAAAAUGCGGGCUCUAGAUUUAACUAAACCCGAAAAGGUGACAAAACAACCGACAAAAAAAGAACUUGCCCGUCAAAAAGCAGCUGCUGGGUCGAAAAAUAUCUCAUCAUUCUUCAAGAAAAAAUAAAUAUAUUCAUUAGAUAAGACUGUCUCUGUAGGUUGGAUUCGUAACGUUUUUAAUGAAUCCAACGAUUUUUAUCGGUGUUACUUAAAUUAAAUUUAGAUUAAUUUUAAAUAAUAAACUUAUAAAUAAACGAAACAGCGAAGCUAAAUAAACAACAAUAACAAUACCAACACAUCAACAUCUUGCUAUAAAUUAUUUGCUCAAGAGAAUAGUAUUGAAAUAAUAAAUAACUGCAGUGGUACUCUUGACUCUUGAUUCAAGACAUGCGCUAUUAUAACUCUGAAAAUCAACCAGAUUUUAAAAAUAUAGGUUUUCAUGUAAAUAGUCGUGUGAAUUAUUAUUUUAUCAUACAAAGUAUACUUUGUACAGACUUUUGUUGUUGUAUUACUAUUUUUAUUUUAUUUUAUUAUUAUUGUUUUAAUUAUGCAUUACACAUAACUCGUGUCAAUCUCCUGCCAAAUUAACCAUUUGAUACUUUUUAUCGAUUAUUAUUUAAGUCUGAUUAAUACAUCAUAAAAUACAUAUUUGUGAUUAAUGAUUGUGCUUCAUCAAAAU